AUGCGUCUUAUUCUCGCGCUGGCUGCGCUUACAGGCGCGUUUGCAGCAUCGGCGAACACUGUUCCCCCGGAGCUGGCAGUCAUCGGCGAGCCUUCAAUCGUUUUGAAUGCGACAUAUUCGGUCGGAUCAACCAGCGUCAGCUUCAAGCCCGGCGAGUUCCUCAACGCAACGACCGCCCAGGAUGCGCCGCAGCCCCAGUUGCAUGACUCGGGAUUGAACAGCAGCGCUUCCUAUCUGCUGCUGAUGGUUGAUCCGGACUGGAAUGCCACCAGUCCUCCCUCGGUGAUUGUACACACGGUGGUCACCAACCUGACUACCAGUGCCAACAGUACCAGUGAGGCAAAGGUGAUUGCGAGCUACAUUGCGCCCGCGCCCAGUUCCGGCACACACAAUUACACGCUGUUCCUCUUCGACCAGCCGUCCAACUUCAGCAUCCCCUCCGACUAUGAGAGUUACAUGGAGACCACCGCUCGAACCCCGUACAACAGGAUCAAUUUGCCGCUGGAGAAGUUCAUCAAACAGGCUGGCCUGGGAACACCGGUCGCAGCUAAUUACUUUCGCGUUACGGCGGCGAGCAACAGUUCCGGCACCAGCACUACCACUGGCACGCCCUCCGGUACGGCCACCAGCACGGCUGCCACCGGCACCAACACGUCCAGUGCGGCGGCCGUUAGGGGAAAUUUCUAUCUAGCGACUGUAUUGGCUUUGUUUGGUGCAGCGGUUGCGAUUGUCUAG